GAGAAGGUCUAUCAUUGGUGUCACGUGGCUGUCUUGGACUAUGACUACACACAAAUGCUCUACAAAGUCUCUCCAGUCAUCAGAGACAAUGAUGAUCCUCAAUUUUUCAACGUUCCCAGAAUAUAUCUUUAUUUCAUGGCAGAGGAUCCUAUGAAAUUUGCCGCUAGAGUGAGAUUUGCUUUCAAGAGGAAAACUCUCAUGGAGGAGAAUCUGAGGUUUGAGCGAUUCCUGAACUCAUCACACUUCCAGGACUUGUCAAGUAUGCAGUUUCGGUUCUCUAGUCAGUUUCGGAAACUCAUUCUCUCCGGGAAAAAAAUGAAGGAUCUCAAGUUGGAGAGUAAGCUAAUGUCAGAAGUGAAUGAAAACCACAUCCAUGUGAUAAAGAGGCUGAUUGCAAAAGAAUACUUGAAAAUCAACCCGGAACACUUUGAAGGCGUCAAACUGACUGUGCCUACAGUUGACGACGAAUCAGGAAUGGGAUUUUGUACAAAACCGACGAUAGUCAAGAUGCAAGACUUCAAGCAGGUGGCUGAAAAUUUCCGAUGGGGUUCGCUGUUUGUGAUCAACGAAACUUACCAGGCAUUGAGCUACGUUGAGGCAGAAUGCCUAGCCAUGGCUGACAUGUGUCUGUUCGACUUCCAAAGGAACGUAACACUCCAAGAGUUUGAGUCCAUACAGACGCAUACUAUGAGCAAUAUAAUAGACUCACUGCACACAUCUUGGGUGCGCAACAUCGCCCACCGCGUCACAAUGUGCCUGCGGGAUGUGGGCAGAGGUUGGUUCAACAUCAAGCAGAGUGAUCGAUACGUCUACAAAAUCUCCAAGCUGGCCAGGUUAAUGGAUCUCAUCGAAUUGAGGAUGCAGUCAGCAAUUCGUUCCCUUGUGCUGAAAUCAGUGACGGCCUACACCGAAUUCAUAGAAGGGCCAUGUCUCUGCACUUACGAUUUGCCGCAAGACUUUGUUUGGAACGAGGAUCUGUCUGAUUCAAAAUUCCGAACGCAUCCAAUUCCAAUUUUCCACAUGGAGCUCAAACUCGAUGAUACCGAGACGUACAACGAUCAGUUGGGUGUUACGUUUUUGACGGUAAUUUUGAACUUGCUAGAGUGCGCGAUCACAGCUAGUCAUCACAUUCCCAGCGUGAAACCGUUUGUGCUGAAACGCCAGCAGCUCACCAAGAACCAGACCCUCACCUCAGUGGGUCACGAUGAGGAGGAGAUCUGUGCUCUGAGGAGGAGACUCGAGGUGGCUGUCAGGUUUGCCAUCAUUCCUCUCAAGGCCUACUGCCGCAAAUUCUCUACCUACGUCCAACUUUACUCGCUCAACGUCGAUGCCUAUAUUGAAAAAUUUAACGCCGAGAACCACCCAGCCAAUGAGGUGAAAGAUGAGAUAGCACUUCAGUUUCGUCUGAAGGAGGAACUGGAACAAAGCCUGCCAACGAGCAUCGUGAUUGGUCCGUUCCAAGUGCACGUGGAACCUGUGAAGAAAGUGCUUGUUGGCAAAAGACAAGAGAUGGCGACCAGACUUCUGGCCACUUUUGCACAGCGACUUACCAACAACGUUGAAGAGGUCAUGGAAGAAUAUUUGGAUAUCUAUCAGAGAUUGAACACAAAGCCCACUUCAAUAGAGCACAUCCUGGAGAUCAAAGAUUGGAUGGAAACUAUUCCUGUAUCUGUCAAAGCACAGGAGGAUAUUAUCCGGCGUUACCUUCUAGAAUAUGAGGUGCUGGACUCAUUCUGGUGGGCGCUGGAAGACAACGAAUUUGAGACAAAAUGGGAAGCCCACGGCUGGCCCCGUAGAAUUCAGAAAAAAGUUGAAGAAACGCAACUUUAUUUAGAAAAAGAGACAAACGUUUUCAAACACAAGCAGCUGGAGGACCAGCUCAGUCUGGAAGAUCAACUGGAAACGAUAAAUGUCGAAAUAAACCGCCUUCAAAUGCUGAAUGAUGUUGACGCUGUACAUGAGAUAGCCAAUGACGUGCGCAAGAACUGGAAAACACUCAAAGAUUUACAAGAGUUUGGUCUAUUAUUGAAUCAGAGACAAACACUGUUUGGGAUGCCAAUGGUGCCCUAUGACGCUAUCAAAGAUCUGAUUCGUGAGUUUGAACCGUACAGGAACCUGUGGGUGACCGCAUCAGAUUGGCUCAAAAGCAAAGAAAUUUAUGUUGACAAUCCGUUGGGUAACAUUGAUGCUGAUUCCAUUGAUAGGGUAGUCAAUGAUUAUUACAAGAACAUCAUAAAAGCAUUAAGAGUGUUCAAUGAAAUUCCUGCAAUGUUGAAAGUUGCACAGAGUAUCAAGACUCAGAUAGAGGAGUUCAAACCUCAUAUACCUUUGAUAAAAGCGUUGAAGAAUCCUGGGUUGAGACAGUGGCACAUGGAUGAGUUAUCGAAAACGGCCGGUUUCCAAGUCUCUUUAAACACUGCCCUGACUUUCCAAAAAUGUUUGCAGAUGGGUAUAACUGAGCAUUUUGAUGAGGUGAUGGAGAUAUCUGAUAAUGCCGCCAAAGAGUAUGUGAUCGAGGAGGCAUUGGAGAAAAUUGAGAAUGAAUGGAAGGACACAUCACUGGAGGUCACUGAAUAUAAGAACACUGAUACAUACAUCAUGAAGGUGGCGGAUGAAACAUUACAGAUGCUUGACGAUCACACAAUCGUUGUUCAGCAGUUGAGUUUCAGUCCAUUCAAAGGAGCUCUCGAGAAGAAGAUUGAUGAAUGGGAGGCGAAACUACGCUACAACCGAUUGCUGUUGGAGGAGUGGAUGAACUGUCAGAAGCGAUGGAUGUGGUUGGAGCCGAUUUUCACCAGUGAAGACAUCACAAAGCAGCUUCCACAACAGAGUAAGAAAUUCAGAACUAUGGAUAGGUCUUGGAGAAGAAUCAUGAAAAAUGCCUCCAUGAAUAAAAAUGUGUUGGUGAUUUGCUCUGAUGAGCGACUGUUCGAGACUUUGAAGGAUUGUAACAAAAUACUGGACCUUGUUGAGAGAGGUCUCUCUGAUUAUUUGGAGAUGAAACGUGGUGCUUUCCCGAGGUUCUAUUUUCUCAGCGAUGAUGAGUUGUUGGAGAUUUUGUCGCAAGCUAAAAACCCGCUCGCUGUUCAACCACACUUGAGGAAGUGUUUCGAAAACAUACAGAAACUCGAGUUUUUGAAGUUAGAUGUGGUGAAGACAAAAGCCUGUCCUAACCCGGUGGAUUUGGAGAUUACAAAGAUGUUUUCAGCCGAAGGUGAGAGUGUUGAUUUGAUACCACACAUGCAGCCCGAGGGUAACGUUGAGCAAUGGUUGUUGAGGGUUGAAGAAGUCAUGCGUAACACUAUCAGGGUUAUGUUGGGAAGAGCUUUGGGAGAGAUCAACAAAAUAGAUCGAUCAGUUUGGGUUCUGUCCUGGCCGGGGCAGGUUGUAAUCGCCUGUUGUCAAGCAUACUGGACAGCUCAGGUUGAGAACGCGAUCCUAGGAGGGAGUCUGAGCGACUAUAUGGAUGCGAUGAAGGAGUUCCUGAACAAGCUGAGGAUUCUGGUGAAAGGGCCGUUGAAGCGGGUCGAAAGACAGGUUCUGUCAGCUCUGAUUGUGAUAGAGGUGCAUGCUCGGGAUGUGCUGACAAAGCUAAUCGAUUUGCGUGUCACGAGCUGUAACGAGUUCGACUGGAUAAGCCAGCUGCGUUACUACUGGAUCGAAACCGAGAUGAAGGUACGGGCAGUAAACGCAGAGUUCAGCUAUGGCUAUGAGUAUCUAGGCAACAGCGGUCGGUUGGUCAUCACUCCUCUGACAGACAGGUGCUAUCUCACUCUAACGGGAGCUCUGCACUUGAAGUUCGGCGGCGCCCCCGCGGGACCAGCAGGUACCGGAAAGACAGAGACCACAAAAGACCUGGCGAAAGCGUUUGCCAUCCAGUGCGUUGUGUUCAACUGCUCAGACCAGCUGGACGUGCGAGCGAUGGGCAAGUUCUUCAAGGGCCUGGCAAGCAGUGGCGCGUGGGCCUGCUUCGAUGAAUUCAACCGCAUCGACAUUGAGGUGUUGUCUGUCGUCGCCCAGCAGAUCACCACUAUCCAGAAGGCACAGAUGAUGAGGGCUGAUAGAUUUUUCUUCGAGGGUUGUGAACUAGUUCUGAAACCAUCCUGUGCGGUUUUCAUCACGAUGAACCCGGGCUACGCAGGACGCACUGAACUUCCCGACAACUUGAAAGCACUCUUCCGACCGGUUGCCAUGAUGGUGCCUGACUACACACUAAUCGCCGAGAUUUCACUAUUUUCUUUCGGCUUUUCCGAGGCUAAACCGCUGGCCGGGAAAAUCACCACCACUUUCAAACUGAGUUCGGAACAGCUCAGUAGUCAGGACCACUAUGAUUUCGGAAUGAGAGCGGUGAACAGCGUUCUAGCAGUGGCGGGAAAUUUGAAAAGAGACUCACCAAACCUCGAUGAGCGUCAAAUUGUGCUCAGAGCAAUCAGAGACUCGAAUGUACCCAAGUUCUUGAAGGACGAUCUAACACUCUUCAAUGGAAUUGUAUCGGAUCUUUUUCCGGGGAUGGUGGAACAGGCGGUGGACUAUGGAGAUCUAGAAAAGUCGAUCAGAGAAGUUAUUCUCCAGAUGGGUUUUGUCGAUGUAGACGCCUACGUGAAAAAAGUGAUUCAACUCUAUGAGACAACAGUGGUACGCCAUGGUUUAAUGUUGGUUGGACCUACUGGAUCUGGGAAAACUAAGUGCUACGAAAUCUUGAAAGCGGCCAUGACACUUUUGAAGGGCAAAGCGGCUCCUAGUGGAUACACAUUUGAGACGGUGCAUACCUAUGUGCUCAACCCCAAGUCAAUUACUAUGGGACAACUCUACGGGGAAUUCGACUUUCAAACUCAUGAAUGGACUGACGGCAUCCUACCGUCGCUGAUGCGUGUGGGCGCCUCGUCGAGUGACUCGGACAAGCACUGGUACGUGUUGGAUGGGCCAGUGGACGCCGUGUGGAUAGAGAACAUGAACACUGUACUCGACGACAACAAGAAGCUCUGUCUGACCAGCGGCGAGAUCAUCAAGAUGUCUCCACACCAGACCAUGAUGUUCGAGGUUGCAGAUUUGGCGGUUGCUUCCCCGGCUACCGUGUCUCGGUGUGGAAUGGUCUACUUGGAACCUGGCUUGUUGGGUUUAUCGCCCUUCCUCGCAAGCUGGCUCAAGAGGUUGCCCAAGGUUACUGAACCCUACGUGGAUAGUUUGAAGACAAUCCUGGAGAAUUGGCUGGAGCCUGCUAUCAAAUUCCUGAGACAGCAGAUGAAAGAGAUGGUGCAUCAAGUCGACUCAGCACUUUUUGUCUCCUGUUUGCGACUUCUUGAUUGCUUUCUGCGACCUCUCAACGGCAUUGAUGGGCAUCCCCCUCCACCAGCUAGAUCAAUGGAAUUGGUUGGUGGCCUCCUGACUCCCUGGACCAUCUUCUCAGUUAUUUGGAGUGUGGGCGCUACAUGUGACUAUGAGUCAAGAGUUGUGUUCUCAGAGUGGGUCAGAAACAAGAUGGAGGAGCAAGGGGAUGAGCCACUCUUUCCCGAGGAAGGAACUGUCUAUGAUUAUAGAAUUCAUGAUGGUGGUUUCAUAAUGGCCACAGAAGAUGGAGAAACAUGUCCACCAUUCUGGUUGCACUGGCUGCAUCAUGUUGAGCCUUACGAGAUCACCCCUGAGAUGAGAUAUCCAGAUAUACAAGUACCUACCAUUGAUAACGUGAGGAAUUCUCAUAUCAUUGGAGAUCUGCUUGAAAAUAGUCAGAACGUCCUCUGCAUUGGUCCCACUGGUUCGGGGAAGACAAUCACCAUAAUGUCAAAAUUGAGUACAGGGAUGCCAAAGAAGUUCAUCUCAGAUUUCCUCAACUUCUCAGCCAGAACUUCAGCCAAUCAAACACAGGACAUAAUUGACUCGAAGUUGGACCGUAGAAGAAAGGGCGUUUUUGGACCACCAAUAACAAAAAGACUAGUCUUGUUCAUAGACGACUUGAACAUGCCAGCUCCUGAAGUUUACGGGGCUCAACCUCCCUUGGAACUCAUCCGUCAAUGGAUGGAUUUCCAUGGUUGGUACGACCGACGCAGCGUGGGUGAGUUUCGGCAUAUUGUUGACACGAAUCUGUUGGCAGCCAUGGGUUUGGCGGGCGGAGCGCGCAAUGCGAUCAGCGCGCGUCUCCUCAGACACUUCCACCUCAUUUCCUUUGUCGAAAUGCAGGAUGACAUUAAGAGCUGUAUUUUUGGCAAAAUCCUCAACUUCUGGAUCGACAAGAUAGAGCCUGUAAGCAGUCUUGGAUCGACCUUGCUGUCCAGUACACUAGCUGUCUAUUCCACCAUUUUGAGAGAACUAUUGCCUACUCCUGCCAAAACGCAUUACACUUUCAAUCUGAGGGACCUAAGCAAAGUGUUCCAGGGUAUGCUCAUGCUGGCUCCAAACUUUAUCAAGAAUGUUGACGACCUACUCAAACUGUGGUACCAUGAAAACUGUCGAGUCUACCAAGAUCGUCUGGUGAAUGAUGAGGACCGUUCUUGGUUUGAUGAUCUGCUCUGCUCAAGGAUUGCUGAGGACUUUGCAAUGGAGCCACAGCAAGUUGUGGGGGACGGACCCUUGCUCUAUGGCGACUUUGUGGGCUCAUCCAUCUACAAGGUCUAUCAGCCAAUCACUGAUAUGAUCAAGCUCUCAACAGAACUGGACGAGUUCCUGGAUGACUACAACAGCCAAUCCCGAGCUCCAAUGAAGUUGGUGCUUUUCCUGGACGCUAUCACCCACGUAUGCCGCAUCUCUAGGAUUAUCAGACAACCUCUGGGCAAUGGCCUCCUACUUGGAAUGGCUGGAUCAGGUAGACAGAGCCUAACACGGCUGGCAGCUUAUAUGUCCGAGUUCUUCUGCUUUCAAAUAGAGCUGACAAAGAGCUACUCGACCUCAGAGUGGCGAGAAGAUAUAAAGCAGCUCAUGCUCAAAGCCGGACUAUAUAACAGAGAAUCUGUCUUCCUAUUCGCUGAUACGCAGAUAAAAUCGGAGAGCUUUCUGGAAGACCUGAACAGCAUAUUGAACUCGGGAGAUGUGCCCAAUAUCUAUCAGGCAGAUGAACUGGACAAGAUCUACCAGGCGAUGCAAGGUGCAGUCACAGAGGCAGGCUUACCAACCACACGAUCCAAUCUCUACUCCUGCUAUUUGAAAUUGGUCCGCUCCAAUCUGCAUUGUGUUAUCACCAUGAGCCCCAUUGGAGAAGUUUUCCGAGCAAGACUGAGACAGUUCCCAGAGCUAGUGAACUGUUGUACUAUUGACUGGUUCAGCGCUUGGCCCCAAUCUGCAUUACAGAGUGUAGCCUUACAGUUCUUGGACGAGAUGCCGGAGCUUGAUGUGAGUCCAGAGGUGCAGGAUGGUAUUGUCAUCACCUUCCGCUACAUGCACCAGAGUGUCGUCGAGGCUAGCACACUCUAUCUGCAGGAGCUUUCAAGACAUAACUAUGUCACGCCCACAUCUUAUUUGGAACUAUUGUCCUCUUAUGGAUCAAUGAUGACUAAAAAAAAAGAGGAGUUACAACAGGGUAUAAAACGCCUGCAAGCUGGUCUUGACAAACUUCUGAGUACAGCUCAAGAAGUGAAGGUUCUCCAGAAGGAAUUGGCCGAAAUGAAGCCAAAACUGGAAGCAGCUCAAGUCGCCGCUGAUGAUAUGCUGAAACAGAUUGAAGCUGAUACCGCUGUCGCUGAGGAAACCAGAGCAAUGGUUGAAGUGCAAGAGACUGAUGCUUUGAAAAUUGCAAGCGAAGCUCAGGCAAUUGCUGAUGACGCUGCUGCCGAUUUAGAACAAGCAAUGCCAAUGUUGCGAGCUGCCGAAGAAAGCCUGAAAUCAUUGAACAGGAAUGACGUCACUGAAGUAAAAGCCAUGAAAAGGCCUCCCGCUGGAGUGGUGCUAGUUAUUGAAGUCAUAAGUAUCAUCAUGGACAUAAAACCGAGAAGGUUAUCAGGCCCAAUUCCUGGACAGAAGAUUCUGGACUACUGGGAACCAGGAAGAAAUAUGCUCAACGAUCCUGGUGCUUUCCUCAAUUCUCUGAUGAACUACGACAAAGAAAACAUGUCCGAAUCAUUGAUCAACAAACUGAAACCUUACAUCAAUAACCCACAGUUCCAGCCAUCGAAAAUAAUCACGGUAUCAAAAGCCUGCACCUCGCUUUGCAUGUGGGUCCAUGCUAUCUUCAAGUAUUUCUUCGUCAAUCAAACAGUUUUGCCGAAGAAGGCUGCUCUGGCUUCAGCCAAAAUAAAGCUGGCCAGUGUGAUGAGUGUUUUAGAGGAGAAAAGAGCAAGGAUGAAAGAGGUAACCGACGGUCUAGCCGAACUGGAGAAAGCGCUCAAGGAAACGAUGGACCAUAAGGCACAAUUGGAGGCAAAUGCCAAACUGUGCGAGAACAGGAUGGAUAGAGCAUUCCGUCUCAUCAACGGACUGGCAGACGAGAGAGAGCGAUGGAUCAAUACGAUUAGUGUGCUCGAAAGAUCUGUCGAGAACAUGGUCGGAGAUAUACUCAUCAGUGCCGGCGCCGUAGCCUACCUGACGCCGUUCACGGACAAAUACCGUCGCGGCCUGCUGUCCGAGUGGCUGAAGCAGCUGGAGGAGACCCACGUAGCGCAUACGCCCCGCUGCACCCCGGUGCAGACGCUCGGCGAGGCGGUCGCCAUCCGCCAAUGGCAGUUGUCCGCUCUGCCACGCGACUACCUCUCCACCGAGAACGCCAUCUUGUCGUUCCACUCGCGACGCUGGCCCCUCUUCAUAGAUCCGCAGGGUCAGGCUAAUCGAUGGAUCAAGAAUAUUGGUAAAUCUACGGGACUGAAGGUGUGCAAAUUGCACGAUAAAGACCUGAUGAGAGCGCUACAGUCAGCUGUUCGUUUCGGGAAAGAAGUCCUCAUUGAAAAUGUCCUGGAAGAACUUGAUCCAGCUCUGGAUACCAUUCUGACACGCCAGACUUUUGUCCAGAAUAAUCAAGUGGUUAUGAGAAUUGGAGACCUGAAUGUCCCCUAUUGUGACACUUUCCGCCUUUACAUCACCACAAAACUGCCAAAUCCUCACUACAUGCCUGAAGUAUCCAUCAAAGUACUUCUUGUCAAUUUCACCCUGGUUCCAAGUGGCCUUGAAGACCAGAUGUUGGCACUGGUCGUAAUGCAGGAAAGACCCGACCUCGAAGAGGAAAGAUCGGCCAUUGUGGUUGGCUUAGCCGAAAUGAAGAACGAGCUGAAGCAAAUCGAAGACAGGAUUCUGUUGAAAUUGAGCUCGUCGCAAGGCUCGCCUGUCGAUGACAUCGAUCUCAUUCUCACACUCGAAGGAUCCAAAGUGAAGAGUGAAGAGAUAAAGGCCAAGGUGGAAGCCGCUGAAAUAACAGAGUCAAAUAUCGAGGUGACAAGGCGUCUGUACAUCCCAGUGGCCAAACGAGCUCAAAUUCUGUUCUUCUGCCUGGCAGAUCUAGCUCUCAUCGAUCCUAUGUACCAGUACUCUCUUGAAUGGUUCAUACAGAUAUUCAUACAGAGCACUGUUCAAACAGAAAAAUCUGGUGAAAUUGAUGAGAGAGUUGAGACGAUCAACGAUCACUUCACGUUCAACCUUUACUCGAAGGUUUGCCAGAGUUUAUUCGAGAAGAACAAGCUUCAGUACGCUCUCCUCAUCUGUGCGAGGAUUAUGCUCGAUGCCGGUACACUGGACCCUCAUGAUUGGAUGUUUUUUCUAACUGGUGGAAUUCCUAAAAAGGAUAUCCCAAACCCAGAACCAUCGUGGCUCCCAGUGAGAGCUUGGCAAGAAAUUUUAUCGCUUGGGAAUUUGCCAGUUUUCAAGGACUUUGCAGAAUCAUUCAGUCAGAAUACCGAAGAUUUCAAACGUAUUUUUGAUUCCGCUGAGCCCCAAAGGAUGCCAUUACCCGGUGAAUGGAACUCUAAGCUGGACGAUUUCAAGAAAAUGAUUGUCCUGAAAUGUUUGCGACCAGACAAAGUGACAAAUGCAAUUCAGCAGUUUCUGGUUUCGCAUUUGGGCCAACAAUUCAUCGAACCCCGCACCACUGACUUGGAGGCCAUGUUUGCUGACUCCAACAGCACCACACCUCUCAUCUUUGUACUAUCAACUGGUACAGAUCCGGCUGCUGAUCUAUACAAAUUUGCUGACAAGAAUAAAAUGACGAAACGAAUGAUGUCAAUAUCUCUUGGACAAGGACAAGGGCCAAUUGCAGAGAAUAUGCUGCUGCAGUCUAUUGAAAUAGGAAAUUGGAUUUUCUUUCAAAACUGUCACCUUGCACCAAGUUGGAUGCCUCGUUUGGAGUACCUGAUGGACAACAUCCCAGUGGACACAGUCCAUAAGGACUUCAGGGUGUGGCUGACCUCAGCCCCCAGCCCCGCCUUUCCCGUCUCCAUCCUACAGAACGGCAGCAAAAUGACCGUCGAACCGCCAAGAGGCAUCAAGGCAAACAUGCUUCGAGCAUUCACAGGACAAGUAAUGGAGUACAACAACUACUUAUCAUCAGGAAAACCGAAAGUUCAGAGCUUCAAGUGGCUCCUCUUCUCUCUCUGUCUGUUCCAUGGAGUUUGCCUUGAGAGGAGGAAAUUCGGUCCUCUAGGUUUCAACAUUCCAUAUGAGUUCACAGACGGAGAUCUACGCAUAUGCAUCUCACAGCUGCAGAUGUUCAUCGAAGAGUAUGAUGAAGUUCCAUUCAAGGUACUCUCAUACACAGCAGGAGAAAUAAACUACGGUGGACGCGUGACGGAUGAUUGGGACAGAAGAUGUAUCAUGAACGUUCUGGCCGACUUCUACAAACCGGAAGUUAUGAGUGAUGGAUAUUCUUUUGAUGGACCUGAUAAAAUUUAUCAUCAGUUACCGGAGGACACGGCCAUAAUCGACUACGUGACAUACAUUCGGACCCUGCCGGUGAACGACUCAACCGUUCUGUUCGGCCUGCAUUCUAACGCGGACAUCUCGAGUGCCCAGGCCGAGGCCUACUCGAGCCUCGCCGUGCUGCUGUCCAUGCAGCCCAGGGUGGUCGGCGAGGAGGCCUCCAAUGAGGAAGAGGUCACCGCUCAGCUGGCUCACAGCAUCCUCGACGCCGUUCCGCAGCCUCGCGGCGCCAAGGAGCUCGCUAGGAUUCAGAAAAUGUACCCAGUGCUCUACCAAGAGUCUCUGAACACCGUUCUUGUUCAAGAAGUGAUAAGAUUCGAGAAAUUGUUGACAAUCAUCCACUCAACAUUGAAAGAUCUGCUCAAAGCUCUGAAAGGUCUAGCUAUUCUUUCUGAAAAACUCGAGAUGAUUUUGAACAGUCUGUUCAAAAAUACUGUACCCGAUGUGUGGGCUUCAAAGGCGUAUCCAUCUCUGAAGCACCUGGGUGCUUGGGUUAGUGACCUCCAGGCAAGGAUUGCGUUCAUCAACAAAUGGAUUCAGAAUGGAAUACCAACCAGCUUCUGGAUUUCUGGCUUCUAUUUUCCACAGGCAUUUCUUACUGGAUGCCUUCAGAACUAUGCUAGGAGAAAACAAAUUGCGAUUGAUUCAAUAAGCUACAAGUUCAUGGUACUUGACGCUCAACCAAAGAAUUCACCAAAAGAAGGAUGUGUCAUACAUGGCCUUUUCCUGGAGGGAGCCCGAUGGAAUCCUAUGAUACAUAAGUUGGAUGAAUCUUUUCCCAAAGAGUUGUACACUGAUAUGCCUCCCAUCUGGCUGAUUCCAUACCAGAGCCAACCAGGGGAAGAGUACUUGGGAUAUCACUGUCCAGUUUACAAGACGCUGAAAAGAGCAGGAGUUCUGUCUACAACAGGGCAUUCCACCAAUUAUGUGUUGGCAAUCGACAUACCAUCCGACAAACCAGAAAACCAUUGGAUCAAACGAGGCGUGGCACUGAUAUGUGCUUUGGAUUUUUGAGAGUUCAUGGUUCAAAGUUUGUUGGAUAUCAAAAAUGUAUUCAUUGUGUUUGUCAACUAAUUGAUAUAUGAAUGUUAUUAUGAGAAAAAUGUGUAGGCUAUAUCAACAAGACAGAGAAACUUAUAAGACAAAUAAGACAGGGUGAUUGGAUCAAUAUUCCAGCAUUACCGUGACAACUAAUAGGCCUAUAUGUACACUGGAUUUUUGGAACAUUUUGUAAAAUAUGUUGAAUAGUUUUGUUUCAGUUGAAUAUUAUUUGGGAUGGUUAUUUAGCGAACCAGAAAAAAUUGGAUUGUACGAGCAGUUGUUAAUCACUAAAUUCUUGAAACAUUGUUGUGGAAUUAUUAUUUUAAUAGGCUAUCUUUAGAGUUUUUUUGAAUAUGGGUUUCAAGAGAACAAAUAAAAAAUCAAGAAGGUAUUGAUUGGGUUGAAUAAAACAUGAUGCGAAUAAUUGCAUUUGAUUUUUGAGAGUUAAUCAAAGAAUUAUUUUGUUGAAAUGUGAUUGAUGCGAAGUUUGCUAGGUACGGUACUGUUGAAUAUUUUUUGAAGAGAUUUACAGGUGAAAAAAUUGUUAAAAUUGGGAAAAGAUGAAUCAAAGUAAUUCAAUUACGAAUAACUAUUGAGAAAUUGUUCAUCUUUCCAAGUUGUUUUUGUUGCAUUGGACUAUGAUUUUGAAGACAAUAGCCUGUUCUGACAAAUCAAGAAGCUAAACUGUGUGAUUCAAGAGCAGAAGUCGUGAUGCUAAAAUACUGUAAUACAGUAUAUAGUUUAUGGGCACUCUAUUAUUUCUGAAACAUACAGUAAUUAUGGUGGAAUUGUUUUGAUGAAAUGUGAAUAGGCAGUUAUAGCUGCAGAU